AUGGGGAAUGUACAAGUCGGGCAUCGGCAUACUCUCAACGCUCAGAGACGAGACGGACAAAUAGAUGGCCACAUUUGUCGUGGUGCACGCACAAAUCGACUGGCCCUUUUCGGGCUGACGAAAGACUUGAAGUCACAAAAGUACGCACGGUUCUUGGCCUCGAUGGAUAUGGAUGAAAUUGCGGGACAGCAGGCGUGGUGGACACAAAUUCUGAAAUUCGCAUUCACGAACUCUCAGUCACAACCACGUUGA